AUGGGAAUGGCGCUGGAACAACUCUUCGUGCGCGUCUCGGACGCGCCGGAGGUCUCUCCCAACAGCGAGUCAUGCGUACAGCAGGUGGCGCGUGUCUGCGGACUCUCUGCAGCCGCACGCGACGACGACGUCAACCUCUGCACGCUCUCGGGUUUCGCAGACGCCAAGCAGCAACUAGCGGUGGCGUGUAUGCUGCACUGGCAGCUGCAACAAACCAAAGAGAGUGGUGCCACCGUCUCCGUAAGCGACUCUGCCAUGGGCACGUGCUUCUCGCUGGCGGAGCUACUCAACUGUGACAAGACAGCGCUAGAGACACCCGAUACCGACGCCGUGAAGGUUCUGGACGCAGCAGCAUACGUCCAGCAGGUGCUAGAGCAACAUGAGGAGGACACCACAGUACAGAUCUUGGACUGCAGAGACGAAAAGGAGUUUUUGGGCCUCACUAGCGGCAAGGAAGUAUCAGGACAUCUCGAAGGUGCAAGAAACGUGCCAUUUGCUGGCGAUGGAGCGUUCUUACUUCCUGUGGAGAAACUGCGAGAGUUGUUCGCAGUGAACGGCAUUGAUCUAGACAGACCUGUUGCAGUCAUUGCCAGUGUACCAUCUGAAGCUGCUGCGGUUGCCACUGCGUUGCUUCUGGCUGGUCAUUAUGGUUGGAUCGCGUUUUGCUCUGAAGCACUCACGGACGCUUUGAUUGCGUCAUUCCCGUCUUCAUUCACUGCCGACAUUUUCCACGAAGGUCGACUGCUUUACAAAGACGACAAAGGAGGAUUCGAUCUCUCUUCGCAGUCGAAUGAAGUUAAUUUGACUCCAGAGGGCAAAAAGGAGGUGGAAGAACUGGAAAAGACCUACAAGGACGAGCUCAGUGGGAAAACAAGCAAGAAGAGCGCUCCUGGCGAGCAAGAAGAAGAAGAAAAAGUGGAGGAGACUGUGUGGAUUAAGGAUGGUCACCGUUUCUUUGACAUGCCGUCGCCUGUCAGCAAGAGCGAGUUCUUGGACGCCUCCAGAACGAUCUUCCGCGUGGUAUCCUUCGUGCUGGCACCUUUCGGAUUCCCUGCGUCGUUGCGCAAGAAGCGCUCGAUCCAGGAGGUUAAAACGCAGUGCGGGUCGCUUUUUCAGGACGUGAUCGAGGUAUGCUCCGAUCUCAUCUACCAGGAGAAGGAACUGAAUGAAGGCGCAAUGGCUAUGAGUGUGCACAAAUGGGUGGAGGAAAAACAUGAUCACGAAUGCACUGCGCAGGUUAAGGCUAUCAACGAACUCUGGGAAGUCCUGUACACGCCACCUGCAGUGGUAGAAGUGCCAGACCUCAAUGAAGAUCAUGUGUUGGAGCUUGCGACGAAACUAGAGCAGAAAUUACGUGAGCUCGUGAGUCAACGAACGCCGUGGGCGUUUGAUAGUGUAUGUGAAGAAGAAGUAGAGUUUAGUGAUGAGGAGAGCGAAUUCGACCCUCAAGAGACGGUGAUCGAUCUGGAGGAAGAAGGUCUUAGCGCUGAUCUUGUGGACAAGUUAAGAGAGAGCUGGAAGCACACGUAUCCGAGUGUCGUUUACGCGCUGGGUUUCAUUCCUCAGGAUGUGAGCACAAACCACAAGAAGUUGAGUACAUUACAGAUCAAGUCAUUUAUCCAGGCUGCAGCGGAGGCUUCGUGGGGUGUCAUCAAGGACGAACCCAAGCAGCUCAGUCAGAUUGAAUUCCAGGCACUGUGCGACACCCUCCACGACGAGAAGCGAGAGCAGCUCGCAGAACGCGUGACGGAGGCGGAGAAGUCUCUCUAUGUCCUCAAGCAUUUCCUCACUCGCUCGUUAAAGACGGAUGACUCCCUUGCUGACAAGCUGGUGAGUGUUCGUGAGGCCGUAUUGGAUGGUGACAUUCGUCGGCGAUCAGGACGCUACCAAGUCGCAUUGGCAGCGUAUUCCAAGGCCUUCGAGUACCUCCCGCUCUAUCACAAGGACCUGGAGAACGCGAUAGUUGGCCGGGCCAGGAGUUUCCUCGACUUGAACGAGUUGGGUCGUGCGAAGACUGAAGCUCUGAUUGCACUGAAGUUAAACCCGUACUGUGUCGGUGCCUAUGAGUGCUUGGGAAUCGUCGAGGAGAAGGCUAAGCACUUUGAAACAGCCAUGCAGCACUUUGUGACGUCCUUCAUUCUCGAUGGCUCGCGUUCGGCGGAACACGCCGAGUCCAUUGAUCGUGCGUCGCGUCAGGUGGGUCGUCGUGUGGCGAAGAAUCUGUUCGCGAAGAUGGAGAAGAAGCACGAACUUCCGUCGUCGUGGCUGGUGGACAGCUACUUUGAGGCAUUUGAACACGACGCUGAUUACACUGCGCGUGUGCCAUUUGAUAUUGCGAAGAAGGAAGAUGUGGAGCAGUCGGAUCUGGACGCACUCACGCUACUCCAUCGUGCGAUUCAUUUCAAGCGGAACAAAAACUACAGUGCAGCUCAGCGUGAUAUCUGGACGCUGGUCGCCAAAGACAUGGAGGCUGAAGGCCUUACGGUAGAGGACCGCGCUUUGGCUUUCAACCUGCAUGCAUCUCUGCUGUAUGUUGUGGGCGAUGUACACACGGCUAUCGAGGCCAUCAACAAGAGUUUGGAGCUGCAACCAACGCUGGUGAACUCACUGGUAAAGAAGGGUGGUUUCCUGGCAGAACUUGGCGAGACGGACGAGGCCACGUCGUGCUUUUCCGAGGCCAUGGAGCUGGACUCGAACGAGGCAGAUGUGCAUUUGCACUUGGGACAGAUGGAGCUUCUGGACGGCAACUACUACAAGGCCGCGCAGUGUCUUCGUCGCUGCAUCUCGCGGUCUGAUGCUCUGCCAGUUACCCACGUGUCGUACGGCAUGGCGCUCUACAAGAGUGGGUCGACGUACCAAGCCAAGGACGUGUUCGAGGAGGCCUCGAAGAUGUUCCCGAAGUCUGCGGAAGUGCAUUUGUUCUACGGCGAGGUGCUGGCUGACCAGGGCAACUAUGCCAACGCCAUGCGCCACUUUUUGACGGCGUGGGAGCUGUCGCCGCAGUGUCCGCUGCCGUUCUUGAACGCUGGGCGCGUGUAUGUGGGCACCAACGACCCUAUGCGUGCUAUCGCUCACUUUAAGCAGGCGCUUGAAGUGGAUCCUCGUUGCAGUUCGGCGCACCUGGACAUUGCUCAGGUGCUUUUCGCACAGGGGCGCACAGAUGAGGCGUUCGAGCACUUUGAGGUGGCUGCGUCCUGUUGCCGCUUCUUGCCCGAAGUAGAGGAAGUCUGUGCUUGCCAGGCGAUGGCUAAGAUGCAGCUCAAGGUCACGGAGAUCCUAGGUGUUGAACUGCGCCACAUCAUGCGCAGCAAGUAG